AUGUUUUCGCCUCUUUCAGAUAUCACCAAUGUUCAAACAGCGCUUUCUGGUAAAUAUGUAAAGAACAAUUCCACUAUUAUUUCAAAAAAGGUUGCGAUCAAACGCCAUAAUCCUUACGGUUGGAAGUGUCUUGAAGAUUCUUUGGUAACUUCAUGUACAGCAUUUCUUUCAGAGGGAGCGAGCCUGAUAAAGAUUCCUGCUAAACAAGAGCUUUUUGCAGAAAAGGAUGAGGCUCCACCAACCCCUACCAUGCCUCCUGUUUGUAACGUACUUGUUCAAUUUAAAUGUCAUCAAAAGGAGUUUUCUUCUCCUUUUCUUGCCGCCAAGGGUCAAUAUGUUGUGGUUCAAGGUGACAGAGGAAUCGAUAUUGGGGUUGUUAUCCGUUUGAAUACUGAAGGUUGUAAGACAUAUGUGGAACGUUCCGGACCAACUGGAAGUAUUCUCCGUCAUGCAACACAGCGAGAGGUAGAUUACUGGGCUACUGAUCUCAAGGAGGAUGAGGCUAUUGCUGUUUCUUUUUGUCAACAGCGUGUCCAGCGUCACGGUUUUGAUAUGGAGAUACUUCACGCCGAGUACCAAUUUGAUAAGAAGAAGCUCACAUUCUAUUAUUCCGCGAAGUCACGGAUUGACUUUGUACAACUUUUGAAGGAGCUUUACAGGGAGUUUGGUUGCCGUAUUUGGAUGGAAAAAGUGCGGAUACAAGACUAA